AAAUGAUGAAUUAUCCUUCUCUGUGAACUUCUAUCAAACGCCUCGGGUUCUUUCUCUUCAAAGCGCGCUCGACUCCGUUGUUAACCCUCGGAGAAGGAGAAUAAAAACGAAGAUUAACCAAGCGGAAUACGUGUUCUUCGUGGAGUAGAUCACUAUGUCGGAGUGGGAAUCGAGCCUCGACGAUGCCGAGCCCUUUCGAAAGGCGAAGCAAAGCAUCUCCGAUCGCUCCAAGAGAGUCGUCCAAACGAAGGAGAUUUUGACCAAGCAAGCUGAUAAGCUCGCCAAACAAGCCGAAGAGCACGAGCGGAUCAUAUUUAAGGUGACUCAUUUGCUCGGUGUGCUUGGUUUUGGUGCAUUUUGCUUUGUACUGGGGGCUCGACCACAAGAUAUUCCUUACGUGUAUUGCGUGUUCUAUGUUACGUUUGUUCCUCUACGGUGGCUGUACUAUAAGUACAAGAAAUGGCACUAUUAUCUCCUGGAUUUCUGCUACUACGCCAAUACAAUCUUUCUGAUUAUGCUGCUCUUCUUUCCGAAAAAUGAAAAGCUUUUCAUGGUUUGCUUUGCGUUUGCAGAAGGGCCACUUGCUUGGGCCUUGAUUAUUUGGCGCAAUAGCUUGGUAUUCAGCUCUCUGGACAAGCUUAUUAGUGUCCUAAUUCAUCUUUUACCUGGAAUUGUUUUCUUCACUAUUAGGUGGUGGAAUCCAGUGACUUUCGCUGCCAUGCACCCAGAGGGAAGAGCAGCUAGAGUGUCGUGGCCUUAUGUGGAGGACAAGUCAUACCUGUGGACUUGGCUGUUUGUCGUUCCUUUACUUGCCUACACUCUGUGGCAACUUCUCUAUUUCCUCGUAGUUGACGUACUCCGACGACAAAGGCUAUUGCGAGAUCCUGAAGUCAUGACUUCUUAUAGGGAGCUUUCGAAGAAGGCACAAAAGGCGAAUAACAUUUGGUGGAGGCUCAGUGGUAUGUUGGGUGAUCAGAACCGUCCGACCAUGUACAUACUGCUCCAAGCUGCCUUCACCGUAGCAACCAUGGCCCUCGCGGUCCCUAUAUUUCUCUCGUACAGGAUGCAUGUAAUUUUCCAAAUCUUCAAGGUAUCUGCCACCGUUUGGAAUGGUGGGAGCUUCCUUCUAGAUGUCAUGCCUAGGCAGGCAGUUCUCAAAGAGAAGAAGAAAUUGGAGAUGAAGCCCAUAAUAGAACAGCCACCGGUCCAGUCAUCCGCCGAUCCUUCUGUUAACCACCAAGAAGACCAACACACAUCUCACGAGCGACACGAUUGAUAGAUCUUCUGUGUCUUAUAGAAAUCUGUAUCAUCUGUUUGAUGGCUUGUUUUUCCCCCCGUUUGGCAUACAUACCCUUGCAAACAUGCGAAACCGUUCAAAUACCCUUGCAGAGUUGCACUUCUGUGCAUGUCCCUAAAGAUCUUGUUGAUUUGCAUCCUUGUACCUGCCAGUGCUGCAGAUGCGAAAGCACUCGUAAACCUGCAAAGCAGUAAGAUCUCAAGGGUGCAUGCACAAAUACUCAAACUUUGCUAGGAUAUUACAGAGUUUGCGUAUUUUCCAGGUAGUAUUUAUGCGAAAAAAGCAAACUUUUGGUUUUGUGAUAGUCAGAUAGAUAUAAAAUUUACACUAGAGACUGGUUUGUGGUAGCAUAGUUACAGUUACUUGUCAUUCUUGUUACUAAAUUCAAAAUGACUUUCAUUUUGAUGCAUUGAUUUGUUUGUAAA